CCAAAUCUUUGUCAAGGUAACAUCCGCGUUUUCAUUUCUAUAGCUGCGUUUUCGUGACUGAGAUGAUCAGCAUGCAUGUGUGUAUAAAGCCCCGCUGCUUCCAUAGUCCCGGCAGAGCAAAGUUCUUCGUGGAUUUCUUCUUGCUUCAUUCCACGACCAGGAUUAUCUCAAUCCGUGAUCGAAAUUCACCUUGCGUUUGAGAAAGGAAAGAAUGGCAGCAGCAAAGUGGAUCGCAAUGGUGGCGCUGGCUCUAGUAGCAGCUUGUCAGCUCGCCAUGGCAGUGGAUUAUCAGGUCGCUGGAGCCGCCCCCGGCUGGAGCAUCCAGAAUGGCUACACGGAAUGGGCAGCUACAAACCAGUUCCGGGUGGGAGACACGCUCACGUUUACUUACACGGGCAACCACAACGUGUUGGAAGUGAGCCGUGCCGCCUACGAUAGCUGCGACGCGUCCCAGCCCAUCCAGUCCUACUUGACGCCCAGCCCCAUCCAGGUCACCCUGACCACAAGUGGGGAGCACUGGUUCAUCUGUGGAGUUCCCGGCCACUGCGGUGGAGGCAUGAGGGUACCCAUUAACGUUCUCGAGGCCACAAGCGGGGCACCAGGUGGGGCGCCCGCCGUUCCCAGCACCCCAACCGGUGUUGCGUUUCCUCCGCCACGACCAAACUCCGCUGCUGGAAAUUCUCCAGUCCUCUCGGCCGGACUCGCUGCGGCUGCGGCUGGAGCCUUGGCGAUUUUGUUGUAGAUUUUGAUUUAAUAUUUUGGAUUUUACCAAAAAAAAUUUAAAAAUUCUUUUG